GGGCUAAGGCCUGCGUGGAGGCGCUUCUCUUCCGGACGAUGGCCGGGAGGAUGGCGGCGGGUCCCGGGCUCCGCUCGGUGCUGGGCACCAUGGAGUUCGGGCGGCGGGCCGACGCGGAGGCCAGCGGGGCCAUGCUGCGCGCCUUCCUGGCCCGCGGGCACGGCCGCCUGGAUACGGCGCACAUGUACGCGGCGGGCGAGUCGGAGCGCAUCCUGGGCGCCCUGCUGGCCGCCGAGCCCGGCGCGGCGGGGAGAGUCAAAAUAGCCACAAAGGCCAAUCCUUGGGAUGGCAAAACCCUGAAGGCCAACAGCGUCCGCUCACAACUGGAAGAGUCUCUCCAGCGUCUGCGACUGCCGAGCGUGGACCUCUUCUACCUCCAUGCUCCGGACCACGAGACCCCGGUGGAAGAGACCCUGCAGGCCUGCAAUGAGCUUCACAAAGAGGGGAAGUUCAAAGAGCUCGGCUUGUCCAACUAUGCCUCAUGGGAGGUGGCGGAAAUCUACACCCUUUGCAAAGCCCACCAGUGGCUGGUGCCGACGGUGUACCAGGGCAUGUACAAUGCGAUCACGCGCCAAGUGGAGAAGGAGCUGUUCCCCUGUCUCAGGCACUUCGGGAUGAGCUUCUACGCUUACAAUCCCCUGGCCGGUGGUCUUCUGACAGGGAAGUAUAAGUACGAAGAUAAAGACUUAAGUCAACCACCCACCGGCAGGUUUUUUGGGAACGACUGGGCCAAAGUCUACCAGGACAGGUAUUGGAAGCAGCACCAUUUUGAGGGAGUGUCCUUGAUCCAGGGUGCCCUCCGUGAAGCCUACGGUGCAAAUCCUCCUACUUUGACCUCAGCUGCCCUGCGCUGGGUCUACCAUCACUCGGAACUGCAGGUCAGGAAGGCCCACCCUGGCCUCAGCUAUGCUGACUCAGGAAUUCUGGGAGUUGAAGUCCACGAGUCAUAAAAGAGCCAAGGUUGCCUACCCCUGGUCUGUGGAGAUUCUCAGUCAUCCAAGUCGUGGUUUGUCCCUAAGGUGUUUUUUCAAGAGGCAACAGGACUUCCUUGCUUUUCUUUGAAACAAGGCGCCACUGAGAGGGAGUCGAGAUGGCUGGGCCAGGCGUCUCUGAGGCCGAGCCUCACUGUCCUUGUACUCCCCGUGAAGGAUGCACAAGGCCACCAUGAAGUUAAGCCAGAAUGGUGAGGUCAGCUACUCUUUGCCAACUUCAACAGGACAACACAUCCCUGGCUGUUGGCAGCGUGUUUCGAAGAAAAAAAAGGGAAGUCCAGUUGCCCCUUGAAAACUCAGCUUUGGGUCCCCGUGGCUGCUAAAUCUGGAGGGUCUUUAGAAAGUCUCAGAUUCGCUUCACCCCUCAUUCUUCUCUGUGGAGUGAUGAAGCGACGCCUUCUAUUUUCAACCCAAAUCCUCCUCCCUUCAUGACUUUAUUCCGCAAGCAGAAAUCGCAAUUCAGUCUGGCUGCUCGUGGAGUUUAUUCUUCUUUCCUU